UGGCGUGUUAAACAUAGUAAUGGCUACUAAUGACUGCCUCUACCAGAGUGUUUUUCAAUUGCUAACUUACUUUACCAGAUAAGGUUAUAGAUAGUAUUCGUAUACUGUUAUUUAAUAUUAUUUAUUGAAAUUCUAAAGUAAAAUCAACAUACGUGGUACGCUUGGGUAAGCGUCUAUUCCGCGAUUAGCCAUUUAUUUAUCUUAAUCAGUGAAUCAGCAGGGAGAUCAUUCAUUUUCAGCAUCAUAUAUUUCACAUUCAAUUCCAUUGAGUCUUUUUUUUUUUCUUAAAUAUUUAUGUUUGGUCCCAGGUUGAUGAGCUAUGAUUCGUGAACCCCGGUUUAAGUUAACCGGCUAUUGUUGAGAAUCAUACACAUGACGUCAUUUGCGUGCUUAUUAUAGUUAUAGUUGCAGUGAAUUAGGCUUAGGGUUUAGGCUUAGGUAGGUACUUGAUUACAAAAUUUUAAAAAAAUUGAAAUAAUUUUUUAAAGAACACGUUAGUUAGAGCAAAUUUCAAAUAAAAAAAUGAAACCAGAAUCAACUUUUUAGCUUAAAGUACUUUUUGAGCUAUGAAUUUUUAAAGUGUCAGUUCGUUUUGUAUUUUUUACUAUGGACGAAACCUCCACAUCUUGUGACCUCAUUCCGCUGAUCGCGUCAUGCGCAAUGACUAUAUACUUUAUAUAAGGCAACGCAUUGCCUUAGCCUUAUCACUAAAAUACUGUUUAGGGUCGACUUAGUUUAAACUUUCAACUUUGGCACAUGAAUAAUUAAUUAAAGCCUUUCCCUGACCAAUAUGGUAUAGUAGUUUUUGCACAUGGCAAACUCUUAUGAAUGAAACUCUGAGAUAGUACUACGAUACAGCCAUUAUGCAAGUGGCUGUGAAUGGUUGCCAAUGACAACAUGUUGCACACGGUAAAUUCUGAUCAUUUAUAAUAUGGACUCUACCGGGUUGUUAAAGCUCGAAUUAAAACAUUCCAGUUUAAAUGUCUUCAAAAUGCAUUCUGAAACACAAGUUAUCAAAUAUUUUGAUGUAAAUAGUGUUAAUAAAUUAAUAUUUCCUAAGUAUCAGCAACUUCCGCCAUUAAAUAGGGGGCGUGGCGAAAUUAGGUUGAGCGAACUGCAUGACCUGCUGCGAACGCAUAGAAACAUGGCGUCUAUCGUAAGACACAUAUUCCUGUGAAAAUUGGCAUACAUGUAGAUCAAUACAUUCCCCAGAUGAAAUAAAAAUUUGGUAGUGACAAAUCUUUUACUUCGACUUAAUUUUAAUGAUGAAAGUUGCCUUACAUUUACCAAGGAUUUUCUCAAAGCUGACUGAUAAAUAAAAUAGAAAUUGAUUAAAAUGUAGGCCAAGAUGUCUACCUAAUUAUAAGGCCAAAAACGGAACUCAAAUAUAUAUCGAAAGUACUAAUUUAAUAAUAAAUAGACAAUCACUUUGGAAAAUUAAAAACUCAGAUUUUUCGGCGCCGAUUUCUAUUUUCGAUACACAAAAAGUAGUAGUCUCCCUUGUUUCAUCGAAGUAUCUAGCUUAGGUUAGGCAUAGGGUUCGAUUUAGGGUUCAGGUUAGGCAUAGGGAUUGAUUUAGGGUUCAGGUUAGUGUUAGGCAUAGGGAUCGAUUUAGUUUAGGUUUAGUGACAGAAUUAACUUUUUUUGUCAACCAAGAUGGCGGAAACCCCGGGUAGCUUUCUCAACAUUUACCCGUUGUAGCCUCUCUUAGCAAACACAGAAGUUAAUUUUUUAUUUUUAUAAUUAUUUGGUAAAUGCAAAGAGAUGGCGCCAUGAUGUAACCAGGGCCAACGCUAGGAGGGUGCGGGGCCUUGGGCAAAUUGAAUUUUGCGGGGCCUUUGACGUUGUAUAUUCACCCAAUAGGAUAUUAACCCUCUGGAGACGUAAGGGCCGAUCUAUCGGCCCGAGGUACACUAGCGAGAAAGACGUCAAGUCCGAGCCGUUGGCCUGAUAGAUCGAGCCUCACGAUUGGCUGGCUUGGCGUUGUACCAGCGAAUCAAAAUUAUUCAUACGUAUUCCUGCACAUCCCGGCAUUGUAAUGGCGGCGUUCGUUGAAGGUGAACUCAAUUAAUUUGUUUGCAGGAAUUUUUUUGUGUGUGUGUAGUUACAUCGUGAAUUUCGAACAUGUCUGACAGUGACUCUGAUCAAACUGUGCUUAGUAAUUUUGAUAUUCUAGCAGUGAAUUUGACACUGAAACUGCUGAAAACAACCAGGGAAUUAAUGAAGACUUUCAAAUUGAGGGUAAUGCUAAUGUUGUGAACUCUUGGUUUAGUAUUACUAGUAUUAGGGGUCCUCAAAUGGACAGAGAUGACCCCUCUGAAUUUUUAGACAACAUAAGUCCUAUAAAUAAGUCAUAAGCACCCCAUUUGAGUAUUUUAUUCUAUUUUUUACACUAAAUAUCACUCAAUUGUUAAUGAGAGAGACCAAUUGAUAUGCAGACACAUUUGUCAGUAACAUUCAGCUUAAGAGAAGGUCCCUAGGUUAUAAAUGGGGGUUCUAGCAGUGAAUUUGACACUGAAACUGCUGAAAACAACCAGGGAAUUAAUGAAGACUUUCAAAUUGAGGGUAAUGCUAAUGUUGUGAACUCUUGGUUUAGUAUUACUAGUAUUAGGGGUCCUCAAAUGGACAGAGAUGACCCCUCUGAAUUUUUAGACAACAUAAGUCCUAUAAAUAAGUCAUAAGCACCCCAUUUGAGUAUUUUAUUCUAUUUUUUACACUAAAUAUCACUCAAUUGUUAAUGAGAGAGACCAAUUGAUAUGCAGACACAUUUGUCAGUAACAUUCAGCUUAAGAGAAGGUCCCUAGGUUAUAAAUGGGGGCCUGUUACAGUGUGUCUGUAACAACUGAAAAAUAGGGGGUGGGGGUGGGAAAGGAGUAGAACCAUGUGCCAGAGGUGUCUGAAGGGCCUUCAUGGGCCCUUUUCCCCCAAAAAAUAAGUAUUAGGACUUAUUCAGGCUUCAUCCAUCAAAAAAUUCACACAAUUGAUACUAGUAAGUCAUGUUUGUUCUAGGUGUAACAAAAAAUUACACGCAUAAAUUAUGCAAAUAAGGGUACCUCAUUUGCAUAAAUUUUGAUAUGUCAGAUUGAUUCAUAAAGAUUGUAUUAGUUCAUUCAAUUUCCUACAAGAAUAUAUAUAGUUUUACAUAUAUUAAGGAAAUAGUUUAUUUUUUAUAAAUUUUUUUGCAAUGCGAGUCUCGAGCUCGUAAAAAUUGCUCCGUCUUUUUGACACAUACACCCCGAAAAGGCUCCGUCUCCAGAGGGUUAAGACAUCUUAUAGUCCCUGAAAAUCCCCUUUCGAUCUUCCCGAGAUUCAUCUCGAAGGGAUAGUAUUGGAGCUAGACUGACCUUCAGACCAUUUUACUAUCUUAUAACUCCGAAUAUUGUGUUGACUGGCCCAUUUCGCCGACCCUGACGUAACACACAGCCGCCAUCUUAGUUGCCACGACCCGUGAACUUUUAUGGGUUCACAGGUUGUUGCAUCCAUGAUGGCGGCCGUGUAGAAAUAAAAUAACUCACUUUUGCUAGAAAUAGGAAUAAAACAAUAAAAUUUAAUGCAAAAAUUCCACCGGUACAUAAUUUUCCUGGUAAGCGUAGCUACUUUAUUGUAUCUAUCUAGAUAUUUGGCAAGAAGCCUCAAUGACCUGCGGUCGCUCCUUUUCUUCACAUAAUUCAGUUGGUACACACCCAAAAUAUUUCACUGUCACUAAACCUAACCUGAACCCUAAAUCAAGCCCUAACACUAGCCCUAAGCCUAAAGCGCAAGUGAAAAACGUGUGCGGCUGCAGUUACACACUGUGGCUAGAAGAAAACUAUAAAAAUGAAGGUAAACAAUAAAAAAAAUAAUUUAUAAAUAAAUAAAUAAUGAAAAUCCAACUUACAGUUUCAUAGAAUACACUUUUACACACUUUAUUUCAGGUUCCACCGAAAAGAAUAUCCAGAAAAUGAAUAAAAUAUAAUGCCGUUUAAGGCGUUUAUGCCGAAUCCAUUUUCAAAUAUGGCGGAAAAAUUAAAAUCAAAUUUUUAAAUUAUAAUUAAUUAACCAAUAAAAAUUUAAUUAAAACAUGCCAUCAUCAUGGCAAAUUUAACUCUAUUAACAAAAAAUAAGGGGAGUGAAUCCAAAACAGAAACUAAAAAAAAAAUAUGUAAAUGACAUCAUGGCGACAUCUCUUUUCAUUAGCCAAUUAUUUAUUUUUUAAAGAUAGCUAUAAUCUGGGCACAUCAGUAUCGCCUGGAAACGCCCAAAAAUGGGUAUCCUAAUUCCAUAUUCAAAAAAAUGGCAACCUCCACUUUUUAAAUUACUGAGGAUAUUGUUUCGCCUUUUAUAGUCGAUUUUUAGCAGAUGAUAGACCUAGCCCUAAGGCCAAGAAUUUAGAGCUGAUUUCUGAUAAAAAAUACAUUUUUGUGAUGAGCAUGAUACUGAUGAAUCUCCUAUAUUUUCCUACUUAUUUUAUCAGGGGAACAGUCAAUUUAAAUGACAUACUAGGGUUUAAUUCUAAAUUGUUUCAUUUUUUUAGACUCUUAACUAUAGGUUAAAGAUAGGCAUAUAGGCAAUAUAGUAUGGUGGAUUAGAAGUGAAACGUCUAAUUAAUUACACUUAAAAUUUUACAGGGUUUGCAAAUACUUCUACUAUAACAUUAACAUUAUUAAAUUCUUCAGGUAUAUAGUUGUAAAACAUCAUGCCUCGAGCCUGCUCUCAGUGUGGCUGCACAGAUAUUGACACUGAUCCAGCCCGAGGUGAUGCAGUAUGUACUAACUGUGGUACUGUUUUAGAAGACCAGAUUAUUGUUUCAGAGGUUCAAUAUCAAGAAAAUUCAGCUGGUGGAGCUUCUGUUAUUGGACAGUUUGUUUCAAAUGAUGGUACGUUGAUAUAAUUUAUAUAUUCGAAGCUGCAUGAUUUUUGCUGGCAUAUACUUCAUCUUUUUUUCUUCUUUAUUUCUUCUUUUUGUGUGGGUGAAGGUAAGCAUCAUAUAUUUAGAAUAAGAUAUAGUCAAAACAGUAGCACUUUGUAGGAUCAUAUCAUUAAGUUAGUUUUUAAAGGGAAAAAUGGAAUGUUAACUUACACUGUAUGAAAUAAAUAUUUAGAAUCUUCUUAAGAAUUUCACUUCCAGCAUAGGUCAUUGUCUCUUAACUUUAAAAAAAUCAUUGCACAUAAGAAGUUGACAUAGUUUUUUAAAAGUAAAAAUUUCUAUUUCCAUUUUGUUUUUUACUUUGGUGUAGGGUUAUGUUGAAUCUAAUAUAGUUCGACAAAACACAUUAUUUAUGCCUAAGAGACUGUAUCAUAGAAAAUUGCCAUGAAUGUGAUUUAAACCAUGAACAUGACUUUUUUGCUGAUAUUGUCUCAGGGUCAAGAGCACAAUCUUUCCGUGGAGCUUAUGGACAUGGAUUUAGUUCUGAAGAUUCAAGAAAUUUGACUUUAGAAAAUGGUAAGUCAGGUAUCUAUAGCUUUAGCUGAUAGGUUUUUAAAAACUUGGCAAAAACUUUUAUGAUGUAUCCAUAUAAGUUGUUUAUGGAAUAUAUGCUAAAGUCCUAUGUUCUGUAAAAUGCUCACUAAAAGCAAUCUGAAUUAUAUGCCUUGACUUUUGUUUGUGAUGAGCUGUCAUUAGUUGUUUGCCAUUACUGGUAUCAAAUAUCUUUUAAAAUUCUAAUGCUUGCAUCUGCCUACCUGAUAAGACUUAUUUGCUUUUAAUAUUAAUAUGUACACUGAAAUAUUCUUUUAGGUUAUAAACGAUUAAAAGAAAUGGGAGGUCAGCUUCGUAUGCACCACAGCAGUAUUGAAACAGCAUUUGGGUUUUUUAAACUUGCAGUAGCCCAUAGAUUCACCAGCGGAAGGAAAAUGGAAUAUGUUUUAGCUUCAUGUCUGUAUCUUGUUUGCCGAGUGGACCCGGGAGGCAGUGAAGAUUUGGAAUAUAUCCUUUAUGCAUAAAAGUGUGUCAUUAUUUUUAACAAUUACAUAUAAGUUUAAUUUCUUCACAAACACAAAGCAAACAGCGAAAAUGAAAUGCAUUUAUCUAAGGAAUUUAUUUUUUUGGAAAGAGAAAUAUUUAUUUACCUUAACUUAAAAUACUGAUGCUUAUUGAUUUUAGUGAUUUAAUCCAGGUGAGCACAAAUUUAUUUUUGUUCAUAUUAUUUUCUUGGAUUAUGCCUAAUAAUGUUGGCUUUAAUUAGUGUAAAUUUUAAUUUUUAUAAAACUAAUGUAAAUAUAAGGAUUUAGAGAUAUAAACUUAUAUUUUAAUCAUUAAACUUAUAGUAAUCAUAAGUUUAAUACAUAUACAUUUUCCUCUCUACUAAUCAGGUUAAUGUUCAUGUUCUUGGUAGGAUAUUUGUGCAGUUGGCAACUGAACUGUGCCAGAAUAUAAGGAUUGUGGGUAUGUACUUUCGUACAGUUAUUAUGAAGCAGACUUAUGAUUUUAAAUAUGUAUUUUACUUUUAUUUUAUUUCAUUAAUUCAUUUCAUUUCACUGUCCCUUGGUGGAUCUUAUUGAAAAUUCUAGUAUGUUAUAAGCUAUUUAACAGAACAAACUAAAUCCCACAAUUCCCUGUGUAUUAAUAAAAUACAUUAUGUUGGUUCAUGCAGAAAUUUGUAAAACACUAAUAGUACGUAAUUUUUUUAUUGUGCGUAUGAAAAGUAUUUGAUUAUUUACAAUAAAAAUAUGCAUUUUAUGCUUUUAGAUCCUAUAAUCUAUAUACGACGGUUUGCAAAUCAGCUUCAGUUUGGAGAUAAAAUCAAUAGGGUGGUGGAGUCUGCAUCUCGUUUGGUAGCUAGGAUGAAAAGAGACUGGAUGCACACUGGUCGCAGACCUGCCGGCCUAUGUGGGGCUGGUAUGUGUAUUAAAAAACUUUUUUUGUUUUUUCAAAAAUAGUUUCAGGAUAUUUAAAUAUAAAAAAAUCUUAUAAUGUUUCUUGUUUACAACGUAUUUUCUACAACUCUUUACGCUCCUAAUUAAAAACUAAAAUGAGCAGUAGUAAAAAUCUUAGUCUACAGAUUUUGUUAAGAGAUGUAGGUUGAAAUUAAAAUGAAAUCUUCAGAAUUUUUUGCAAAAUAUAAUAUCUGGCUUUAAAUUGGGUAAUACAAAUCACACAAUAAGAAAACGUUUUUAGAAAAUACUAUACAAUAUAAUUAGCAUAUUUCUCUCUCUCUGUCCCUGUCCCUACCGUCCACAAACACGCCUUUAAAAAAAAAAAAACAAGGAAACUGUAUAUAUAUAAAUAUAUAUAAUUAUAAUAAAAAGAAAAAAACUUAUAUUUUUUUAAAAUAUGAAUUUGCUUAUGAAUUAUCGAUUUAACUACAUCUUUUAUGUAAAUUCUCUGUAAUAGAUUGAAAAUUAUUAUUUUUAAAACUUUAAUGGCAUUCAUUUUAAAAUGAUAAUUGCCUAUUCACAUUUAAAUACCACAUUGUUUAAUGAGUCUUCAUUUUAAAAGUGAUUAAUAAAUUUGAUAUUGAAUUUUCAUAAAACCCUUAAGCUAUUUCUUAAAUGGUGAUGCUAUUCCAUUGAUUAGAUAAUAUAUUGGAUUUUUAAAGUUAUUUAUUAAUGCAUUAUUAAAGAAUAUAUAGGUUCCUGGACCGCUAUCGCUCACUUGUAACUUAAAAUAUGUCAUGGCUUAAUGCUCUUCUUUUCUUUUGAACAGCUCUUCUCAUAUCCUCUAGAAUGCACAACUUUAAUAGAACUAUAGACCAAAUCAUUAAAGUAGUCAAGGUGUGUGAAAGUACUGUGAGGAAGAGGUAAGAGGGACACAUUUUGCUGAGCUGAAUAAAAUACAAUCAUUUUAUUUCCAAAUUAAAAUUACCAUUUAAUUUAAUUAAUUUUUUUUUAAAACUUUUUUUUUUUAUUUCACCACUGUGCUAACAUAACCAUGAGAAUAAUCAUGCAGCAUUUCAUCAAUUUUUUAUUUUUGCUUAUUGUGUUUCAUAGUUAUGGACUUAUCCAUCAAGCACAUUAAAAGUUAAUACGUUUUAAAAGUUAAGAAAAUGUAAUGUUAUGUAGAAUAGUUUCCUAUUCUGUUCUUCUUAUUGUUUAAUGUUUGAGGCUAUAUAUGCCAUAUAUUUGUGUUAUAAGGCUUCUAGAGUUUGAAAGCACACCAUCUGCACAACUUACUAUAGAAGAAUUUGACAAUGUGGACUUAGAGGAAGAACAGGAUCCACCUUGUUUUACAGAAGGGAAGAAGAAAGCUAAACUUGCUCAGGUAAUUUAUAAUUGUGUUCGUUUUAUACUGAAGUCUGGAAUUCUUGGAGUCAUAGUCUGUGAUAAAGCUUUCAAGUAGAUUAAGGAGACACAAUUAGUGUAAAUAAAACACUAUUGUUAACUGGUGGGUAGGGAGGAGGUGUCUAAAUAAUUUCAAAGGCUAUAAAAAUAACACAGACACAUUUUGUGAUGAUCUACAUAGGAAUGCUUCGUGUUUUCACAAAAAACGUGCUAGAUAUUACAACAGUAAUAUUUAUAGUAGUCCUGAUAGUGACAACUUUAAUCACCAUUCAACUUUUUUUUGCUGCAUGAUGUAAUUUUGUGACUGUUACGCACUGGCUUCUAAUAUGAGAAAUUAAUUUCCUAUUUUAAUUGUCUCGUUGUAAAAAGUGCCUAACAAAGGACAAGACCAUAGAAUCAAUAAUAUUAAAGAUACAACACCCAAAACAGUUUCUAGUUACAAUUAAUAAGAUUUAUUAAGUCUAGAUAUAUAAUUACAAAAUAAAAUAAAAUAUAAUCACAAUCUUCAACUUACAGUAUGGUAGAUCUUGUACCGGUACACAGUUAAUAAAGUUAGAAUAAUGUGCCAAUGAAUAAUGAUGAAUGCGAAAUAAACACAUAAUAUGAGUAUGAGCACACAAAUACACAAAGAAUAAUACGCAUCUCGUAAAGUUAAUAAUUCCUAUCUGAAUCUCCGUCCUUCUUCAUCUUUCAAUUCCCCGGCCUUAUAUAUGGGUAUCGCCUGUUUCUAAGAAGAUUCGGAAGCAGAAUACAUAUUGUAUUCGUGACUCGAAUCUUCUCCAAAUUUCCAGAAUAUACUACUAUUUCGUAUCACAUUCGAGUCCAGAGAAACAGGCAAUAGGUUGUUUGUGGUAAACAAAGAUCAAAAGAAUAUUAGGACAUGCCCACAUGAACGCGUCUGCUAGAUUGAUACAAAUUUACAGCGCUAGAUUGAUACAAAAUUUACAGCACGGGUAAAAAUAGACGUUCUACAUAAUGGUGACAUAAUUAUUUAGUUCAACUGAACAGUGUCAAAAAAAAGAUAAUUAAGGAGUAAAUUUUUGUUUGUGUUAAUACAUUCUCAAAUGUUCCCCACAGCAACAUUAGAUUUUGAAAUUCUAUAUAUAAGAUCUAGUAAGCAGCAUUGGAAAUCUAUUUUUAGACAUCAAAAAGUAGCUGUAAGAUUUUAAUAACCCAGUUUGGUUCCGUAAGUCCCCCACUUAAUAGCUUGCUUUAAUUAUUAGACCAUAUGUUAACAGGAAAUAAAUCCAGUCUCCUACCUAGGCUUAAUAGAUGAUAAUGUUUAUACAAAAAACAACUUUUUCUAAAAAUAAACCUCAAGUAACUUGGUAGAUUUUGUAAAUGAUGUCAUCAUUUGUAAAUUAAAUGUUAUUUAUGCUGAACUGACUUCAAGUGUGAACCAGUUUAUUUUUCAACAGUAACUGUAUUUUUACCAUUGACAGUUUGCGAUAAUGUGACCUGCACGUACACCCUCAUAUUAAUUGAUAUCUCUAGACAAUAAACACCUGCAAAACCAAGUGACGGCAGAUUGCAAUAUAAAAGUCAGUUAUCUACUUUUGUCAUCAGCUUAACCCAUUGCAGCUGGACACACACUACGAGUCGUCAUUGUAGAAAUUAUACUGUAUGCUUAUUUAUAUGGUAUUAUGAUAGUGCAUUUUCCUGUUUUGAAAAUGUAUAUUACUAUUCUGAGGCGGUAUUGUACUUUUUUGGGCGUUCCAGGGUCACCAGGUCUGCAAAAGACAAUACAUACACCAAAAAUGAUUUAAAUAAAAAAAUUGUUGCUUAAAAAAAUCUUUUUCAUGAACAGUUAAAAGAAGACAUACCAGAUAAUAUGAUGAAAGAAAUGACAAAGUUUGAGGAAAAUAUUAACAAAUCACUGAAGAGAAAAUCAAAUAUCACUACUGGUGAGUGUGUUCUUAUAUGCAUUGUCUUUAUCUCUAUUGUUAUCUUAUUCAUGAUCUUGCAUUAACUAUAAAUCAUAAGAAAGUAAACAUUUGAAAUAGGUCAUUAGAUAUUAAGAUGAAACAUGAUUAUUUUAUUUUAUUUUUUAAAUGUAUUCCCCAUUAAAGAUGAUGAAGUUGUGACUGACAUAGACUCAGCAGUGAAGGCUAUUGAUGAAGAAACAAUAAUAAAAGUAGCCGGGGAGGACUGGAAGAAAGGAGAGUGGGAAGGACUUGAAGAUGAAAAUAAUCAAGAUUAUCUGGUCAGAGACUCAAAUGAUAAUGAAGAGACUGCUAAAGGUUUGCAAUUUUUUAAAAGAAUCCUGUGCAUAAAAUUUACAUUAGAUCAACAUAGAUAAUUGUAUGAUUAACAUAAGGCAUAAACAACCAUUCGCUUAGUAUAUUUGCAAAUACAAGUCUUAUAGAACAAAUGUUGCUUCUACCACUGAUUUGCAUAUAAUGAAACAUGUUAAACAUGAAAAAAAAAUUGUAAUGAAAUAUAUUAAUUCUAUAAAAAAGCAAGCUUUGGAGACUGCCGGUGCCAGUACAUCAAGUCAUACCAUCUAUAAAAUUCAAACCCUGAUUUAUGAUAAUUUGAAAAUAAUUUUUUGUUAAAAGCAAAGAUUUUCAGACUUGCUUGCUACUAUUAAAGUCUAUCCUUGAAACGGUGGAUAAUUGCUUCAUCAUUUCCAGUGCACCUUACAAAAUUAUUAUUUGAAUGUGAAAGCUUGUGUGACGCUGACCAUAAUAAUAAUAGGGCUUUCAGUUCAGACUACAUUUGCUAAACAAGUUAUAUUUAAAAAGAUGUUAAAAUUACAAUUGCACAUUUUUUUAUCAUGAUUUAUUAUUAAAUGUCAACUUUUUUUAAAAAAACUGUUGACGCUAUCACUACUUACUUAAUGAAUUAGUAGCUCAAUAGUAAAUAUUCAUUGCCUUGUGUUUAUUAUCUACAGAUGAUGUUGAACCAGAGAAAGAACAAGAAAAGACAGAUGAAAUAUCACAGGGUGAUAAGGAUGAAACUGAUGAUUCUAUAAAAAGUGCUGGAGCUAAAUGUGAAGAUGGAGAACUUGACCUGACAGGCAUUGAUGAUGAUGAGAUAGAUCAGGUGAUAUACAUAAUUAUUUACACGACAGUUUAAGAACAGAGUUUGUUUAUAAAAGGUGAAAAGGCUUUUUUCUGCAGAUAUGGGACCAAAUACCUUUUUACUGUCUCACUGCAUUGGUUCCCUUUUUAUAAAUGAAAUAGUAAAUCAGUAUUUGUUUUUCAAUAGACGCAUGUUUGGAUGGAAUUAAAAACCUGUAACUACCAUUUGCACUUUUAUUUUAUAAGUACCAAAAAUUUGUCUUUCCUGUCAAUAUACAGUGGGUCCUCAGAAUCCUAACACCCUAGAACUUGAACAACUUGCAAUCGGAAUGAAAAUUUCUAGCAAAAUUUUGUUCCUAUUUAUCACAAAUAACUGGGGUAGGGUUUAACUCCAUUGCUUCUGCAGGUAAUUUAUAGGGUGGACACGCAUUGUUAUGAUUUUAUUUUAUUAUGUGUUCUUUUGAUAAUGGUAUCAGUGAGCAAUGGUGUGGGGUUUUUUUUUUGGAACUUCCCCACAUGAGGCACCACAUUUAUUAAAUGAUGAAUGAGCUCCGGUGCAAUUGGAAGUGGGUAAUGUUUUGGGGUUUUAAGCGUUUGAGAUUAAUGGAUGUUAACAGUUGGAAAAGAAACAUUGCUGGAAUAUAUUAGAUGUAUCAAUACAUCCUUUUAUUUAUAACUGUUACUGGGGAAUUUCUCGGUCAUUCAUUGAGGUUUUGUGUUGUAUUCCUCAACGUCUGGAUAACUGAACUAUCACAGAGAGGCUCGGCCCCCCGUAUUAAUUAACACCAAUACUACUUGGUACGCAACUAUAAGUAUGGGCCAUACCUCACACCACUAUCUCAUCUGUGACACUAUUCCGAACACUGCUGUGGUAUGCAAAUGCCCAGCAUGUUCUUUUUGUUGUUUUUUUCCGUGUGUGUGCAUUGUCCCAGCGCCAUGGCCACCCAUAUGCUUUGUCAUUCAAGUCAUUGUCAGAAGCUGUAGUGAAAGCAUUUCAUGUUAUUUUUCUGCAAGGUCCUCUACAAUGAUUUAGUGAAAGGCCUGAAACUAGUGCUCAAAAUGAGGAGUUAAAAGCCAUUAGGGAGUGGUUCAAGAACUUUCAGAAAAGGACUGUGGUUCAUUGAGUUUGUUGGAUUCAGGAACAAAUGACUCCAGUUUCUUUUAUUUUAAAGGGACAAAAUUGUCUUGGUCCUAGUAGGAUUUGGAACUCGAACAAGUUUAUAAAACAGAUUAAAUUCAGAUUCCGAGACCCCACUGUAUAUGUAUAUAUCUGAUUUUUUAAUGUUCUGAUUGAUGUCUUAAUUCAGCUUAUAGUGUCAGAAGAAGAGGCCAUGCAUAAAGCAAAAUGGUUUGAUUUGGAGUUUGGUGAGCAUAUGGAAAUUGUAAGAGGUAAAGAAUUCGAUAUUUAAUACAUCAAAUGUAAUAAUUGAUAAACUAUACUUAACAUCCAGUUCUGACAGAUAAAAAUCAGUGAAAAGAUUAUUUUAGUAUAAUAUAUAUUCAGUAAUAAAAAAUAUUUAAAAAUUAUAUUCCAUUGAUGCUAAUGUCAUGAAACAAACAUAUUUUUAUUCAAUAGAGCGAGAAGAAAAGAGAAGACUUAAAGAAGAAGCAGCUGCAAAGAGAAAGGAGAAGAAUGUAAGUAAACUGUUUAAAUCUGUUUAAAGUUUCAUUCAUGAUAAAAUAUACAAUAGGAAUUAAAGUGCUCCUGGGUGAAAAAUAGUAGUGCUGUUCUUUAUUAUAUAUUUCUGUUGUUUUUUUUGUCACAGCCCAAGACCAAAAAGAAAAAGAAAAAAGGAGGCUAUGAUCUGGAAACAGAGCUGGCAGAGUGCAUGGAAAUACUGAAAAAAGACAUGAGGGAGAAAAAGUUUUCUGAUAAGAUCAAUUAUAAUGUUCUCAAUACAUUAGAUGCUACAGCUCCAGGUGAACAGUUGAACAAAGUCCCUAUUGAACUCCCAGAUGAUUCAUUCAAUGACAGUAAUGAAAGAAAGCCACAGAUGAUAAAUAGGUAAUAAAUCAUGAAUUUGAUGAAUGUCAAUUGUUCAUCCGAACCUCUUAAACAAAAUAAAAUUGUUAAGUUUCCAUUGUAACUUUUCAAAUUAAACUUAAUAAGAUUAACUUUUUCUUGCAGAUUUAGAAAAUCAUCAAUAUCAGAGCCCAAUAAAAAUAAGGUACAAUAUAAUCAACUUAGCUAUUCAUCAUUAUAUUUUUUUUUUAUCAUUUAGUUAAUGCCUUCUGCAUUUAAAAGAAAAGAAAUAUGUAAUUUAAACAUAGUUGGUGAUAUACCAACUGAAAUCUGCUUAUAAUAAAUUAUAGGUCAAAUAUAAAAGUUUUUCUUAUACUUGUAAAUAUUUAAUAUCUUUUCAUAUCUUUCUGUAAACAUUUGUUCCCGUAAUAAAAGAAUUUAAAAAUAUCCAGAGAAUUUUGGAAUACAAAUAAGAUAAAAAGAUAAUGUAAGUGAUUUAAUCUCAAAUUAUUUAUUUUUUCUUUAUCAGAAAAUCCCCGCAAAAAGGGUGAGGAUACAGGAACCAGAGGAAGAUGUUAAGAAGUCUAAACUGGCAAGUCAAGAAGAAAUCAAACCAGCAAUCCUUGUUGAAGAAAGCAGUGAACCUUUACCUUAUGUAGAAGAAGGUAUCAUGUUUUUUACUGCCAUAAUAUUUGUAUUUCAAACUGAACAUAAAGAAUCUAACGUUGCAAUGGCUAUUGUACAUUUGUUGGUCAUAGUGAUAAGAGAUAUUGGAAAUUAAUACCUAAACUAUUUUGUAAUUUGAUCAAAGGUACUUACAACCAUUUUAAAAAAAAUAAAUGUCCAAUUCCAUUCUUACAGCUAUUACCGGUACAGAGGAUUUGGACGAUGAGGAAGAUGAUGAAGAGGAUGAAGAUGAGGAAGCGAGAAACAAGAUUUUAAGUGCAAGGCAGCUGCUGAGUCAGGAAGGUAAUCGGGUUGACAAUACUUGAACACCAUUAACUUUCUUUCAAUGGGCUCGGGCUGAUUAAAAAAGUAUUAUUUUGAGAUAUUGUUGACAUCGCUUUCCAUACACAUAAGCUUACUUGUCACUUUUAUCAAGUCACAAUGGUUGAACAUUUUAAAACGUGGUUUCUAUAAUCUCAUAACUUCUCAAGCUUCUUUUACUAUGCUGUUUACAGUUUUCUGAUCCUUAUGUCUCGUGCCCUUAAUUAUUUAUUCUUAAAAAUUAUAAAGCAGAAGGCUCCAAGAACUUAAAAUUGUGGAUUCAAACUGAUUUACGGUAUAAGAAAUCUCAACUUAUAAAAAUAUAAGAAACUGGACUUAAAACUGAAUAGAACUGAACACCGAGAUGAAUCAUAUGAACUAUCUAGUUGAACCAUUUGAACUGUGUGAACAGCAGAAAAUGGAUUAACGCUUUCUCUCCGGAAUUAUUUUCCGCGUUCUGACAGAAUUAUCUAUUUUGCGUUUUUGUUACGCACUACUAUGUUGUCUCUAAACCUUCAUAAAUUUUUUGUUUUUUCAUCAGAAAGUGCUAAGUUUGGUAUGGAAUUAAAGGAGAAUGUAUGCCCUUUACAAGCAAACCAGACUUGGGUUUAAAUUUUAAUAUAUAAAUGUGAUUAUCAUUUUAGGAAAAUAAAAAUAAAAAACUUACCAACUGUUCACAAAACUCUCAUUCCAAGUCACACAAGGAGAAAUAUAUAAUCCAAAGUGUCACAAAAAUGUUUUUUUUUCUUAACUAUAUGUCCAUAUGUGCAUCACAAAAAAUAAAGAUCAACUUAAAAAAUGAAUAAAAUUAAACCUCAGAGCACAUUAUCCAUUGUCACCGUCACAAAAAAAAUUUGAGAAAAAAAUUUAACUAUUUCCACUGGAAACAAUUUGUUGCUAUUAUAAAAUAUUUGCACUGUAUUCUUGUAUGUACUAACAUUUAGAAUGGUAAAUGGUACAUUUACCAUACCAUUUGUCAUAUCUUUUCAUCUGUAUUUAGCUAUGGUAAGCCUAAAAACAAUUCAUAUUGAUGUGCACUUUAGCUGGGGGAGGGGCUGGUUGUUCAUCAGCUGAUGAAUUACCAAUUUCAUUAUUUUUUCACUACUACUACUAGGAUUAUAAUCGUACUAUUCAAAGGAAUCAGCUUCUGCAUUUGAAAUAAUAAAAUCACUCUCUGAAUCAUCAUCAGAGUAAUAUUUUCAAUCUUUAUUAGAUCGAUCCCCAGAUGGGUCAGUUCAAGAUUUCAUGUUUGUAAACAAAAAUAAAAUGGACAAUCAAAGCAACCGCUUCAAACACUUCGUUCUCUGCAAAACCUCUUUCAAACACAGAAAAACCGGAUGUUGAUACAAAGGGAAAUCAUUCUGGAAUUGAUUUUAAAUAACUAAAAACCAAUAGCUAACUAAAGAGCCAAAAUAAACAGGUUUUUAUACAUCGACAAUGCCAUCCUCUAUACGCCAAAAUCUUCAUUUCAAAUCGACGAUAGGAGCGUUGUUCUGGAGAGAAAGAGUUAACAAAUAAACGGCCAUUUCAAAAUGGUUUUUUUUUCUCUUUAUUUCAGGAUCCCACUAUGAAGAGGAUGACUAUUUCUUUUAUGACGUCCACUAAGCAGAUGACCUCAGCAACACCACACCAGUUAAUAAUAUCCAGCCAUCAGAGCUGUCAUGGUUGACAUUGCUGUGUUGUAAUCUCGCCGCCAUGGCUAUCAAAUGUUACAUAUAUAGACUUGUACAUAAACAUGACCAGGACAAUGAAAUGAAAUUGUGUAAUUUUAUUUUAAAUAUUAUUUUGUUGUAUCAUGUAAAAAACAAGUUUAUGUCUAUCCAUGUUUUAAAUGUUCUAGGAAUGUUGAUUUAAGUGUUCAAAAGUUGCCACAAGUGUAUCCUGAAUGCAUGGCAGGUACGUUUGCUAGAAAGAUGAAUAUUGUACACAUGUCAGUGGAUGGAGGCGUAACUGCAACUGGGUAUGCACAAACAAUGCAGACUAUUUAACUUUGUAGCAUAUGUGUACAUAUGUAUAGUGAGUCACUAGUAAAGGUUUAUUUAUGAAGGCCAGUUACUCCUGAUAAUUGUCUGGAUACCUUAAAUGUUUUUUUACCUAAUUUUUGCAGCACAAUAACAUGGAAGAAUACCAUCGUUAGUUAAAAUACUGUUUGGGUUCAGUCAUAAGAUGUUUAGUAUUCUUUUACUCAAAAACAUGUGUUCCAUUGUUGC